AGGGAGCAGUCAUGAAACAGCCGGCAUGGGGAAACUUUAACCUGUAACACCCGCCUUGCUCCUUCCUCUUCCGGUUACGCAGACAGCAGCUUCAAGAUGGUGCAGCGGCUGACUUACCGUCGUAGGUUGUCCUACAACACUGCCUCCAACAAAACCAGACUGUCACGGACACCUGGUAACCGUAUUGUGUACCUGUACACCAAGAAGGUCGGCAAAGCUCCCAAGUCGGCAUGUGGCAUCUGCCCAGGAAGACUGCGUGGUAUCCGGGCUGUUAGACCUCAGGUUCUGAUGAGGCUUUCCAAGACCAAGAAGCACGUCAGCAGGGCCUACGGAGGCUCCAUGUGCGCCAAGUGUGUGCGUGACAGGAUCAAGCGUGCUUUCUUGAUUGAGGAGCAGAAGAUCGUCGUCAAGGUGCUCAAGGCACAGGCACAGAGCCAGAAAUCUAAGUAAAAUGUGUAUUUGUAUUGCCACAAUAAAAAAUGACAAACAAAUCCA